AUGUCGGCCAGUAUAAUUGUUCAAGCUACACCAGUAAAAGCGAAUCUCGAGGGACUCCUCGAUGAAAUACGACAAAGUGGAUGUAACUCCGCUAGACCAAAAAGCGACAGUAGAAGUAUUGUGCCAGCAAUACGAAGCAAGGGCAAGGAUCAUCAAAGAAAAGUUGAUGCGCCUCGAAAAAUACGUACGGAUACCAUUAUAACCUUAUCUAUGUACAAGGAUGAUACAGAGUUAGCCCUUAAACGUCUAGCACAAAUUAAAGAACCUAGCUUAACUGAAUGUCAUCCAGUAGUAAAUUUACUACCACAGUUGUCGUUACCAACGUUUAGUGGAGACCCUAAAACAUGGAGAGAAUUCUGGAAUAGUUUCGAAGCCUCCGUACACUCUCAAAACAUACCAGAUAUCCAAAAAUUAAAUUACUUGGUUUCUUGCUUAAGAGGAAACGCCCUACAGCUAGUAAGAGGUUACGAUAGGGCACCAAAAUUUAUUUUUUGUCCUGAAACCUCAAACUUGGGUAAUUAA